CCUGGGUGUGGUCCAAAUAGUUUUAAAUCGAUACCUGUCACCAGCUGAGAGCACCAGGAGAGCUGAAGCUCCGCGCCAAACAAGAUGUUCAAGCGUUUUUCUCCGUUGCUUGGCCGAGGGCGUCCCAAAUGCGCAGACUUCUUGGAAUUCGGUGGAUUUUGCGAGUACGUCCGGGAGUUGAAAUUCCGCGACGUUCUUCAGUACCAGAACUGGGUCCGCCACGGGUCGUGCCCGAAAAUGAUACCGCACUGUCCGGACAAAGUGUACAAAGACCGUGGUUGGGUGUCGUGGAGGCACGCGCUGGGGUAUACUCACGAAUGCAAGCACAAUAAAGUGCAAGACUUCGACGAGUUGCCGCGCGCCGAGACCCUCUGGCGCGGUCGCGGAAUGACAAAUAAUCGCGUAGCGCAGGAACAGUUUUACAAGCAGAUCACCGGCGCAACUUCUGACUUUGAGUUCCUGUGGGUUCGAGGUGGUCUUGCCGGCCUGCUUUUUCGCCGCACCGGCGCGCCCGACAAAAGAUGGUGCGCGAUUCAAGUUCGAACGGCGGAGUGUCGGCGGAAAGCACCUUCGGGGGAGAUGAAGUUCCGGCUAGUGGACGUUGGCGUUCCCGCUACCGACGCAGGAAUCCUCGUGGUUGCUCCAAGUGAAAACAAGAUGCAGCUCUUUGCCCAUUCCGAACUGGAAGCGUGCUGCGAGAGCAAGACCACAGCGUGCCGAAAUUCGAUCUGGAUGUCGGAUAUUGCAACAGCGAGUACAUGUGACUUGACACGGAAUCUGUUUGGACUUUGGGAUGUACUGCCACGAUUCGAGUGCGCAGAGUGGAUGAGAAUUCUGGUCCGCAGUCGGCUGCACCGGUUGCACGCUCUUGUCAUUCCGCAGCUGAUCGACAGGCUGUACAAGCCCAGCGGUCUCCCGUACAGCUUCGUCACGAAAUGGGGCAAGUUGAACGCUUCGGACAUGAUCGUUGGUCCGGCACGCAUGUUGCAUCGAACGGGCGUCCACACACGACAGCGAGACGGAAGAAUCAAAGUCAAGGCCACGGCAGAAGUGAAAACGGAUACGAAAGAGGUGCAGCGAUUUACACUGGACACCGGGGAUCCAUUCGAUUAUCUUGUUGUUCCGGUCCACGUGGACGAAGUCGUCCGUGGCGUCUACGCUUUGCCAAAAGUGGCUCUGGCUUCCGCGAACGUUCUGUCGCGCAAUCGAGUUGGAGGACGGUCCGCAUUUACGCUGUACCCCCCUGGAUGUGGAUCGGAUCGGCGAGUGCAGUACCGGGCUAUCCCCGGCGAAGAACGGUUUUACGUGGACAUGUCGUCUUCUGGUGUUGAGGUGGAGAAGUUUGCGGGUUUGUUGCGAGACCACAGCGACAGCACUACUGGUGCGUCCGCUUGUCCGGAGACGCCUUUUGAAGAUUCUUCCCAAGACAAAAAUGAUGAGUAGAUGAGACUUCUAACGGUCGCAGUGCAAUGAAUUCGCGGAAUAUCAUCGGCCUGGAAAAAACCGGAACUUGCUUUCUCCAUCUGGCCGCAAUUAUAGAGGAGAGUGUUUAUUUUUAGAGUCGCC